ACAUGAAUAUAAACUUGAAAAACUUCUUUUAUGCGUAAGAGUAAAUAAGGAAAAUGUACCUGGAAAAGGAGAAGUAUCCGCCCUCGUUCUUGAAUUAACAAGAAAAAAUGAAGACAAAACUGAUGUUUUUUACGAAAGUUUAAUGGAUAAUAAAAACCUAAACAAAGAAUUUACUAUUACAGGUUUAGAUGAAACAAAAACAGACUUACAAGGGCAUGCUUUAAUAAUACCAAGAGAGGCCUAUUACAAUAUUCUCCCAAUUGAAAGUGGUGAACCAGUUGUUAAGGAAUACAAUUCCCCUAGUGAUACGGAUAUUGAUAAUGCUGGCAAGGAUAGACUUAACGAAAUGGUUGAAGAAUAUAAUAAUCAAAAGCAGAAACAAAAAAGGGAGGAAUUACGACAAAAAUUAAUUACUGGUUAUAAGGCUAAUGCUGGGAAUGAGAAAUUAAAGAAGGAACUACGGGGUUUGGAAGAAGCUUCACUAGAAGAC